AGCGGUUAUAAAUGCCCGGCACAACCACUGGGCCAUCCUACAGUCGACAUGUGCUAACCGAAAGCAUCAUUACUAUUAGCGUCUUCUAGCGUGUUGUGCUACGAGUGCCCGUACUAUACCAGCAGCGUAGCAUCUGUGUGCCCUUUUUUUCGUGUGCAGUAAGAGUGGAAUACAAGCACGCGUUCGUACAUUUCGUUGGCCAAAUCUCAUUUGGCUUUUUAGAGUAAAUCGAACUGUGAGAUUAACGAGCCAGCGCUAACGACACAAAAUGACGAUCAACGAACGGACGACGCUACUGCCGAAGGAGUACCAGAAGACGUACAGCAUUGCCAUUCCGCAGGAUGAUGUGAAUAAUAAUAUCAGCAACAGCACCAACGACAAUGGCGUACUGAGCGAGUACGACAGCUAUGCACUAACAAAGGACGAGCUGAACAAGUACAUUGACGACCCCUGGUGGAUAAAGAUGCGGUACGGAUGCUUUGCUACCUGCUGGAUCGUCUGCCUGAUUGCGCUGGCCAUUUCACUGUACAUUGCAGCAGAUGCGCUUCAGCAUGAUCUGUGUGGUGCCUCGUUAACCAACAAUAGUACAUCAGCACCGACCGCCGAACUCAGUCCGGACAGUAGCAGCAGUAUCAGCACGACCACGAAUCCUUUCGCAAACGUAGAACCAAGCGGAACGCCUCCUUCGAUCGUGUUUGCUUUGCUAAAUCAACCAACCUCGUAAAGGACAGUGGCGUGCACGGCAGGUUGCUUCGGUUUGAUUUAUAGCCAGAACUGUUUGGUUUUUUCUCGCAUCGCUGUGAUCCCCCUUUAGAGGAAGAAAUUAUUUAUUAUCACUAGACGACCGCAGUAUACACAACUGUAACAAAUAGUGCAAUUUGCACCUGAUAUCGCAUCGAGUCACGUGUUCGAUAGGGCUUGAUUCGAGCAGACAGAAAACCGGAAUUCGACAGCGAACCGUGUGUCGGAUCGUGUUCGAUCUCUUCGUCGAUCGAUCCGGUUCGAGUGGGUAUUUUGUUUCUGUACGCUAGUGAACGAUCAGAUUUCCUUAUCCGCGCUCGUGCCUUUCAGCGGGUAGGAAAGAACGAACGUAAUCUCGAUGAUGUAACUCGGUGGGAAAUUUACUCAUCUCAGGGAUUUGUUUAUACAAACGAGCAUUGCCAGUGUUGACAUGCAUCGAUGCAUCCCGUGCAAGGGAUGGCAUUGACACAUGGGGCAUGCGAUUAUUUAGUCGCAAUUGUAGCCUUUACUAUACACGAAUGAGUCGCUAUUUACGAAGACAGAAUAAAAUGUAAGAAAUAAAAGAAUAAUAUUUACUUGAUUGAAAACAA